GGAAAAUUUUGUUCAAAUUGAGCCACAUUUUAUAUCUCAAAAUAAUAAUAAAAUUUCAAAGUACUAAUAAUUAUUUUGUCUUCAAACUAGCAAAAUCUAGACAUUUUUCUACUAUCAGAAUAGCUCAUCUUCAAUGGAUACACUCUCGAGCUCUGUUACAACCCUCAAAUUCACACCUCCUCAGUUCCACCAUUUCAAAAUUCCCUCCACAGCUCAACAUCUCCCACCUUCACACUUCAUCACAAAACCCCACUCAUCAAUUUCCAAGAAACCAACUCCAACUCAAUCCAUAUCCCUCCCCAUCACUACCCCUUCUCCUCCACCCCUCCCUUCUCGCAGCUCAUCUCCCAAUUACACCCACCAAAACCCAGCCACCGGGUACGCCGUAGCACUUCUCGACAUAGCCCAACGCACCGGUUCGCUUGAAAUUCUACAAAAAGAUGUGCAAAGACUGUCCAAGCUGCUGCAAAAUCAGGAAAUUUAUUCUAUGUUGACGAACCCGCUUGUGGGUGAUAAAGAGAAGGGAAUAGUAGUGAAGGAAGUGGGUAAGAAAGGGAGAUUUAACAGGGUUUUGGUGAGAUUUUUGAAGAUGUUGAUUGAGAGGAAUAGAUUUGUGAUGGUGAAGCAGGUUUUGGUUGAGUUUCAGAGAAUAUUUGAUGAAUUGUGUGGAACUGAGGUGGUCUUGGUAUCUUCCAGGAAGAAGAUGGGAGAGGUUCAACUGGUUGGAAUUGCUUAGGAAGUGCAGAAGAUAAGUGAGGCUGAGAUGGUGAAGGUGAAAAAUUUGGUUGAUGAUUUAUCAUUUGCUAUGUUUAUAGAAAGUUGCAGUUUUAUGUAUAAUUAAUUUGGUUCUAGAUAAGACUGGACUGCUCCAGUUUUGUUCAAAUAACACAAUCUAUGGAAUUUACAUUGAAUGAA